UAUUGUGCAUCAUGAGUUUAACGUAUAAUUUAUUCACGUGUUUAUUUUAAUUCAAGUAUUUUUUGCACGACAGACGUAGUAUUAUAAAAAUAGAACUUUGUCAAGUAUUGGUUUGCUCUUUUCAGCUGAACUUCUUGCACAGUUCAUCCAUUCUAUUUUUCUUUGCAUGCUGGAGGAAAAGAAAGAGAACGUGAACUGUGUAAGCAGUUUAACUAAAACGAGCAGACCUGUGGCUUUUCUUUAUUUAUUUACGUUUACUGUUACGGUCGUCGAACGUGGUCGAACGCUUUUGAAUCGAAAGACCGAACCCGCCGACACCUGUGUCCCUUCCGGCAGCUGGACAGAUGGCGCUUGGUGAUUCAACUGCAUGGAUUUAAAAGUAACCGUAAACCGGCGUGCCGUGAGUGAUGCCGAGGACUGGUCGGUGCGUGCGUGCAUGCACGUAAAUAAAUAAAUCGGGCAAAAUAUCACGGAGAACGUCGUCCUUCGCGCGGAUUGUAAUGUUCAUGAGAUUUAUUGGAUCAGGAACGAGUGAUCGUGCUAAAACCAUAAACACCGGGACGAAUCUGAGAUCAGGAUGUGCGACUUGAUAGAUCUGAAUAGUCCAAACGUGAGGGGAUCGCAGGAACUGACAAAACUGGCGUCGCCGCUGAUCCCAGCUCCGAAAAGUGUCGAGUGCGGCAACGAAGCGGGCUCGAAGCCGGUGACAGAGAAACGUGAGGGCGAAGGCAAUAAUCCGUUCGAUCAAGUGUUACACGAGACUGCCGAGUACGUCAGCAAGAAAGGCGAUCCCUUCGAGGUGAUGCUGCAACGAGCCCUGAGAUCCAAAGGUUGUAGGAGUGCACGAUCUGUGGACUUUACGGACGACUAUACUCCGCGUAAGAAGAAGUACCUCAAAGCAAUAAAUAAGACGUUGAGUAUGCUCGAUGAGUCGUUGCUCGAAAGUGGGUUUGGCUUCUAUGACGAAAACGGGAAGAGAGAAGCGAGAGUCACGACGGAGAGUGGUGGUAUUGAUGCGAGAAUCGUCGAUGUCUGUGACAAUAAUGGAAUAGAUAAUGCGUCUGUCUUUAAGCAGGAACAUAAGAUAUCUGUUACUGAUCCAGACUCACUUGAAUUAUCCAUCCUAAAUCAGUCUGCAAUGAACGAUACACUACUGGAAGUAAUUCCCAAGAAAAAUGGCAAGAUCUCACUUUCUCCAGAGAAAGACUCGUUAUUCAAAGAGCAUAUUUUUCCUUCGGACAUCAAACACCUUAAAUUAUCGCAUGUUCAGCGUUCGUUGUCGGAAAGGGAGGCCGCAAAAUCAUCAACGGAACUAUCGUGUCUGUACAAAAGAUCGCAGUCCGUGACGGAUGAUCGAAGAAAAACAUCAUUGACGUCGAGUGGCAACAGCACCAUGUCCUUAUUAGACAGGGGCUUCUUGGAGAACAAACAGAACGACCAAUCUGUAUUCUCCAGUUUAUCGAACGUCUCAUCUAUAACGAAAUUGACUUCUACUUCAUUGUCUUCAUUGGUACUUUCGAUCGAUCCUAUGAAUCACGCUUUCAUGGAUGACAAUUCAUUGAAAACCAGUCAGGAGAAGAUGAAUGCGAUUGAGAGUUCUAUGGAUAUAAAGUAUGACUUGUCAGAUCUGGCGGAAAGAUUUAACAAGUUGAAAUUCAGUAUAAAUAAUAUGACCAGUAUUUUGAGUAUAACCGAGAAGGAUGACUCUAGUUCCAUGAAAGGGGAAAGUAAUAUUCAAAUUGCGAAUAAUAAAUUGAUAGAUGUUGAUGCAUUUGUUCCGGAACAAAAUAAAAAUUUUAAUAGAAGCUCAUCUUCCACUUGUUCUUCGGAUUCUGUGUUCACUAAUAAUAAAGUCGAUAAAUCAAUACUGUUAGAGGCCAAGGAGCUUGCAAAGACUUUUGAGGAAUUAGCAUUAAAUUCUGAAUCUAGUGUAGAUGAUGAUUUAAUUUCAAAUAAUACUAUGUGGAUGUCAGAAUUAUUACCAGCAUUUGAAGAUGAACCUGUUGUAAAUGAUUUAAUUCAUUUACCUACGUCACCAGAAGAAGAGUACUCAAGAGAUAGAAACAAUCAUAAGAAGCAAUCUCCUACAAGUAUUAAUAGUGCGGAAGAAAAUUCAUUGAAGAAAAUGGAGUUGUCAUUUACUGGUGCAUCUAUCGUAAAACAAGACAUAACUUCGUUGUUGUCAGAUCUCAGAAAAUUAGUUAAACCCGACAGUAAUCCGGAAGCUAAGAAAUUACUUGAUAAUUUGGAAAGUAUUUUGAAUAUUAAUUAUAAAAAUAAUACGGAAUUGUUAGUAACCUGUCUCAAUACGUCAAAUAAGUCACAGAGUCCUCAGAAAACAUCUUUGGAUAGCAUUGAAAGAUUCGAUAAAUCAAAUAUAGAUAAAAAUGAGGAAGAAAGCGAUAAAGUAUCAUCACAAGAAAAGAUCUGUAAUAAUGAAAAAUCAUUGACGGACACAAACUGUAAAAAAUUAAAAGAUACAGAUAAAUCACAAGAUAAAUCACAAGAUAAAUCACAAGACGUUCUCAGCAUUGAGAAAUCGUCAGUUACAUCUUCAUCCUGUAAAGAUGAAAGCGAAAGUCGAAUGAAUAUUACAGAAUCAUCUGACUUAAUAGAAGACAGCACGCAUAAAGCUAAAGAAGGAGAUAGUCAGGUGGAUAAAAAGAUUGCGGUAGAAUUGUUAGUAAAUCUUAAAAAAUUAUUAAGUGGUCAAUCUGAAGAUGAUACGACGAUACAGUUACUUAAAAAUAUAGGAAAAGUAUUAAAUACUGCAUUAAAUAAUAGUCCUGAGAGUAAAAUGCAGGCAAAGAAGCAAAAUAUUCAGACUACACCUGUAAAAGCACAAAAAUCUGAUAAUAACGCGCAUUUGUUCACACGUUCAGCAAGAGUAGCGCACAGGCAAAGCUUGGAAUCAAAAUCUAAAACAGUCAGAAAAAGUAUAUCCGCAAUCGAGUCAUCGCCUAAGAGUAUGCAAAUACGCAGACGUAAGGAUACAUCCGAAUUGGAGAACAAGCAGAAACGUUUUUCAAGCGACCCUGGAUUUAUUAACACUCCAUCAAAUAAAAAACUUAUGAAUCAAAAUACGUGUAACACAAGAAAAGCGGAAGCUGCAAGACCUGAUAGCAGAAAAGAGAAAUCCAUUGGUAUAAACGAUGUAAAAAAUAAGCUGAAGAAAAGAUCGGAUAUAGUUAAUAAAAAAGGCCCUAUAAAAGCAGUGCAUCCUGUAGAUAAUAUGCAAAAGAAAAGAGCAUCAAUCGGAAGACAAAUGUCCUCUCAAAUCACACCACCUAAAUCCAAUAAAAUAAUCAGCAGUACCCCGACAGACAAUAAUCAUUACAUGUUUAAAAAAUCUGCAAAAUCCAAACCGAUAGCUUCGUCAACACCGGACGGCCAAAACAGCAAGAGCGCACCGUUAACGACCUCUAAUAAAAAACGUAACUUUUCUUGCGACAUUUCGCCGGUGACUACGUAUGUAAACAUAAAUGAUGAACGAAAGGACAGUCCCAAAAGAAUGUCUAAGCUGCCAACGCCGAAGAAGUGUACGACACCCACGCGCCAGCAAACGGAUGGCAUUCCAAGGUUUCUGACGCCGCCGAGGCAUUAUUCGUCGCUCAAUACGAAUAAUCCGCAGUCUCCGCAGCGUUUGAGCAGGAACUCGAUCAGUUUACAACGAUAUUCCCCCUUGAGCGAGAAAAAGAAUGUCGGAAAGAUUCAGCAGAGUCCACUGAAGGAAGUCAACAGGAUUACUUCUAAAGUUAAGCCACGCAACUUGAUUUCCAAGAUUAAACGGCACAGUAUCAGCGACUUCACCGAGAAGGAAAACUAUUACGCUUGAGAAUGAAGCGAGAGCAGAAGCGAAGCGAAACAAUCGCAUACCGUUAUGAUAUCGAUUGUGUAAUCGGAGAUUGUGUCAUGAAGAAAUCGUCAUAAGAGACGUGAUUUUCUUUUUAAAUUUUUUUUUACUUUUGUGAUAUUUGUUUUUGUGUUUUUUUAUAAUAAAAUAUUCGGCGAGAAGGUGUGCGACUCGACAGGUUCGCGAAUUCUGAAAUAGUCUCAUUAGGGUAUUACGUACAAACGUAUUUUUGAAUUUAUCGACGCAAUUUGGUAGACGAUUUAAAUUGAUACAAAAAACGAUGCAAUAAUGAGAUUCUAGGUUUACGAAAGAAUCAAGAUGAGUUUCAGAGAAAGAGAUUAUAUAUAGGAAGGUUCAAGAUAUAUACUUCCGAUAUUUUUGAAAAUCUUGAUAA